UGGAAACGCCGCCGUUUUGCUACAGUCGGAAACGCCCUCAGUCCGAGCAGCAGAGCGGAGCAGACCCUUCGUUCUCCCAUUUCCUUCAUCUCACGCAUGCUUUGAUUCUCUGUCUCUGUCUCCAUUGUCAAGUUCAACGAGAAAGCUCCUCAUCGAGUUGAAUUAAAAUGUGAGUUGAUUCCCUUUCGAUCGGACCCUAAAUCGUUGAAAUCGGGGUUCUCUAACUCUGUUCUCACUUUCUUCUUCUGCUCGGAUUGAUCAAAUUUGUUAGCCUCCGUUUUCCUCGAGUGUUUGCUAUACUUGAACGUACCAUGGAUGCGACCAUCGACUUCUCCCAUAAUAUCUCCGCCACUCCAAAUGGGGUUGUGCUGUUCUUGUGUGAAUAUGACUUGUUUGGCAAUGGUCUCGGUGGAAAUUUUUUGUUGAUGAACCCAGGACGUUAGAGAAGGGAUAUAUGUGCGUGAAGUGUGAAGAAUUGUUGAGUAUGAUCUGAUAUUGCUGUAUCAGAAUGUACGGACUGUAUUACGAGAGACGUAAGAGACUAAAAUUAUCUACUGAUGGAAAAGAUUUCCCUGGCACCACCACCAUUUCUGCCCAAAAAUGUGACACACCGAGACAAAACAAAAUGAAGAACUCGGCGAAAGUAAUUGAUUACUCUGAUCCGUUUGCCAUUAAUAAUUUGAUCGAUAGCUUGGAUUGUGGUCAGUUUGGAAGUGUCACUAAAGAGAUUGAAGUCCUUGUUUCGUCUAAGAUGCAAAUUUUAAGUCCUUACAUUGCCAAGUAUCCUACGCUGUCGAGUAUGUUAUUUGGUCUGGGGAGAAGUAAAGAGUGUACAGAGGCAAUGGAUCAUCAAGCUUCCCAAUUGGUUCAUAAUAAUCUCAUUGAUUUGGAGGAUGAUUCUGCCAUUGACGUUCGUGACAAUGAUGUUGAGAAAUCACAAUUGCCUAUUGUAAUAAUUGAUUCUGAUGAGGAAGAAAGCUAUGUUCCGAGGCGUAUACAUCCUUUUCAAGAGGUUGUUCUGCCUGGACCACCUGGACAAAGUCUCUUCAAGGACAAAGUGGUAGUGGGACGCCGGGCUUCAAAUGGGGAGGAAGCAACUCCUAUUGGUGAAAGUGAAACUAUAAGUAAGAAAGACAGAGGUGUUUACGUCGGUAUAGAAGAGGAUGAGGACAGCGAACAGGCUAACAGUGAAGAAGAUGGUCUUGAAGAUAUUUGGAACGAUAUGAAAAUGGCAUUGGAAUGUUCCAAGGACUUGGAUGUCGCUAUAGAUUCAUCAUCUAAUCAACAAACUACAGAUGAUACGGACUGUGAUCAUUCUUUUCUCUUGAAGGAGGAUCUUGGUCAUGUUUGUCGCAUUUGUGGGGUUAUUGGCAGAGGAAUUGAGACCAUUUUUGAGUUUCAGUACAACAAGGGUAAGAAGAGCACAAGAACAUACAUGUCUGAAUCUCGCAACAAAGAUUUAGGUGACCUUGAAGUUAAAAUUUCAGAAGAUGAUUUGACUGUAACUGAAAUUUCUGCACACCCUAGGCAUAUGAAGCAAAUGAAGCCUCAUCAAAUGGAAGGUUUCAAUUUCCUUAUAAGCAACUUGGUAACUGACAAUCCUGGAGGCUGCAUUUUGGCUCACGCUCCUGGAUCUGGAAAAACCUUUAUGAUAAUCAGUUUUAUGCAAAGUUUUUUAGCCAAGUAUCCACAGGCCAGACCAUUGGUUGUGCUUCCCAAAGGAAUCUUGGCUACAUGGAAAAAAGAGUUUCAGAUUUGGCAAGUGGAAGAUAUUCCACUCUAUGAUUUCUAUUCUGUUAAAGCUGAUAAUAGGGCUCAACAGCUGACAGUACUGAAUCAGUGGGUCGAGCACAAGAGUAUUCUGUUCUUAGGAUACAAACAAUUUUCCACAAUCGUCUGUGAGGUUGAAACCAAUGCAUCAUCAACUGCAUGUCAAAAUAUAUUGCUCAAGGUUCCUACCAUUCUUAUUCUAGAUGAGGGGCAUACUCCAAGAAAUGAGAACACUGAUAUUUUGCAAGCUCUUGCCAAAGUCAGAACUCCACGAAAAGUGGUUCUUUCUGGAACCCUUUAUCAGAACCAUGUUAAAGAGGUAUUCAAUAUAGUGAAUCUUGUUCGACCGAAGUUCAUGAGAUCCGAAACUUCUCGACCUAUCAUCAAGCGCAUCAUGUCAAGAGUGGAUAUACCUGGUGUGAGGAAGCAGUUCAAAACAGGUGUUGAUUCUGCUUUUUAUGAUUUGGUGGAACAUACACUUCAAAAGGAUAAAGAUUUCAGGAGGAAAGUGAGUGUCAUCCAUGAUUUACGUGAAAUGACCAGUAAGAUUUUGCAUUACUAUAAAGGGGAUUUUCUCGAUGAGCUCCCUGGAUUGGUCGACUUUACCGUGGUGUUGAAUCUCACUUCUAAACAGAAGCACGAAGGAGAAAAAGUUAAAAAGUUCAAUAGGAAGUUCAAAAUAAGCUCUGCCGGCAGUGCUGUUUAUUUACACCCAAAGUUGAAUGUUUUCUCUGUGAAUGCUGUUGUAACGGAUGACAAAAUAGAUGAGGUCAUUGAUAAGCUGGACGUUAAAGAUGGAGUGAAGGCAAAAUUCUUUCUUAACAUGCUGAAUUUGUGUGCCACUACCGGGGAGAAGCUGCUGGUUUUCAGCCAAUACCUGCUCCCUUUGAAAUUCAUGGAGAGAUUGGUUGUGCAGAAGAAAGGUUGGAGUCCAGGAAAAGAAACCUUCAUGAUAUCUGGUGAAACAACUUCUGAGCAUCGGGAAUGGUCGAUGGAACGCUUCAACAACUCGCCCGAUGCUCGAGUCUUCUUUGGUUCCAUUAAGGCCUGUGGGGAAGGCAUAUCUCUAGUAGGGGCAUCGCGUAUCAUUAUUUUGGAUGUUCAUCUGAAUCCAUCAGUGACCCGCCAAGCAAUUGGUCGUGCUUUCCGUCCUGGCCAAACUAAGAAAGUCUUUGCUUAUAGAUUGGUGGCUGCUGACUCUCCUGAAGAGGGGGAUCAUAGCGCUUGCUUCAAGAAGGAACUGAUUGCUAAGAUGUGGUUCGAGUGGAACGAGUAUUGUGGCUAUCAUGACUUUGAAGUGACGACUGUUGACGUGAAAGAUUGUGGCGAUAAUUUUCUAGAAACCCCACUUCUAAAUCAAGAUGUCAGAGUUCUGUACAGAAGGUAGACCCUGCAUAAUAAUUGUCUGAUCAAAGCCCUUCAUAAGACCAUUUUGAUCCUUUUUCCUGUUUUUGUAAAGAGCAUGGGCAAAUAGCCAUGGUGGUGUUAGUUGGCUUUCUUUAUUGACUUGUAUAGCAUGACCACCGCCGUGCCUGAAUAUUGUUCACGGCAAAUGGAGUUUGGAACCUCAACUAACUCCUCCUAUAGAUCCCACUGGUCUAUAGGUUUUUUGGUAACAAAAUCUUGGUACUGUUAAUUCCAGUUACGGUUUGCCUUCUAU